UCUUGAAAGUAACUUUUUUACACUUAAAAAUAUAGCCUGUACAAAUUAGUAAUGGCAGAACAUAGUUUUGCCAUCCCAAUGACAGUAAUGACCCUGUUUUGGGGGUUUAUUGGAGGAGUUGUGCCGUGGUUCGUUCGCAAAGGACCGAACAGAGGAGUCAUAGUAACCAUGUUGGUGUUAACCGCUGUUUGCUGCUACUUGUUUUGGUUGAUAGCCAUCCUUUCCCAGCUGAAUCCUCUGUUUGGACCGGCGCUAAGCAACGAUACCAUUUGGUAUCUCCUCCAGCAUGGGUCAUAGCCUACGAUACAUCACAGGAAACAAGAACCAACUCACCGAGAACUACACAAGCGUGGAGAGGCGAACAGUGUUUUUAAUCAGCCGUGAUUACCAACGGGAACGUUAAAGCAUUUCUGUUUUUCCUUUCUUUUCAUGGGGUUCAGUGCCUCUAUGUACUUUGUACUGUGGGUGGCUAUGCUUGAAAGUUUGAAUUCAGGAAAUCUAAAGAUGCCAUUGUAUAGUUUUAAUUUAUGUGUCUUAACCAUAGUUAAUAUAUCUGUCUCUCAAGCAGAGAUGUUUGUUCAUAACAAGGAGGACAAAGCCUCAUUCAGCCAUGUUUCAUUUUUUUUUCUGCUGAGUAAUAGAUGCUAUUAUUUAGAAGGGGGGUUGGCACGGAGCCCAGUGCCACAAACUGGUCCGAACAGUCAGUGCAAUGCAGAGUGGGCUACUGUAGACUGCCCAAGGCCUUGCACACGGCCCUGAUUCCUUUUCCAGAACCUUCCCACCAGGGUAAUCCUGAGCUUGUCUUCUACUUUUGGUCUGUCUUUUUUUUCUUUCUUUUUUUCUUUUUUUUAAUUUCAAUAUGCUAGAAUUUUCUUCAUUAUCUGGGACACUUAGACUGCAUUUGCGGAAUUUUCUAGAACAUUAGAAGACCUCUGGUGUUUUCUUGAGUACUGUGAACAUGUUAUGACUUUUCUGAGCUAUUUUUAGUACAUCUCGGCUUUUUAGGGUAUUUUUCAGGGUAUUUUGAAACAUCCCGGGUUUUUCUUAAAGAGGCUGAAUGCAUCUUACGCAAAUGCAAUGAAGUGUUACUUCAUCAGAAAAAAAAAGAAAAAGAAAUUGUACAUUGAUGUUGAUGCUUUUAACUGCCUUUACAGUACAUCUUAAGGUCUACUGUCUACUAAUCUUUAAAUUAAUGUUUGGCCAUUUAAAGCAGGGUGGAUUUUAGUCUUUUUGAUUGUGAGAUGUUGUUAUGAUUGCAUUGAACAUACAUGACAAAAUUUCUCACUUUUUCAGAGGUGUGCCGACUUUGUUCUGUAAAUACACUAAAUGAUAUGAAAGGAAAUUAUAUGUAACUUGUCACAUGUUCGUGUAAUAUCUGACACAUUCUCAACUCAGGGCAGUCAAUGAAGAAGAACUGCUUUAGAUGGUUGUUGAGCUAGUUCAUAAUUUUGUUGGCAAGAUCCCGUUUCCCGUGAAGUUCAGACUUUUGUAAUUUACUUUAAGCAUUAUGUUAAGAUGUGAAGAACUAAUUUUGGUCUCAUCUUGAAAUCUGUUUAGAAUGUAGAGGGGUGUAUUACAGUUACUAAACAUAA